AUGAAAAGUUGCACACGGGAAAAAACAUAUCAGUGCUCAGAGUGUGGUAAGAACUUCAAUAAUAACUCAAAGCUUAAUUACCAUCAAAGAAUCCACACAGGGGAGAAACCACAUCAGUGCUCAGAAUGUGGAAGGAGCUUCAGGCUGAGCUCACAGCUUGCUUUCUAUCCAAGAAUCCACAAAGGGGUGAAACCAUUUCAGUGCUCCGAGUGUGGAAAGAGCUUCACACAGAGCUCUGCUCUUACUUCCCAUCAAGGAACCCACUCAGAACAGAAACCAUAUAAAUGCUUUGAAUGUGGAAAGAGUUUCCUUCUUGGUGGGAGCCUUAUUUACCAUCAAAGAAUUCACACAGGAGAAAAACCAUAUCAAUGCUUGGAAUGUGAAAAGAGUUUCAGGGUGAAGUCAAGCCUUACUUCCCACCAAAGAAUCCACAGCCAAGAGAAACCAUAUCAAUGCUCAGAAUGUGGAAAGGGUUUCAAGUGGGGGUCAAACCUUCAUACCCAUAAAAAAAUCCACUCAAGAGAAAAUAGAUAUCUGGGCUCAGUAUGUGGAAAGAGUUUCAAUAAGACCUCAACUCUUACUUCCCAUCAAAGAAUGCAUACAGGGGAGAAACCAUAUCUGUGCUCAGAAGGUGAAAAGUGCUUCAGCCGGAGCUCAGGCUUUAGAUCCAGUGAAAGAAUCCACACAAGAGAAAAAGCAUAUCAAUGCUUAGAAUAUCUCUAGGUGGCGGGGCUCAUGAUAGAGAAGACAUUCUCUUAAAUACCCUGGGCCUAAGCUGUUUAGGGCUUUAUAGGUUAUAACCAGCUCUUUGUAUUUUGCCUGGAAACGUACUGGUAGCCAGUGUAGAUCUUUUAAUACAGGAGUAAUGUGAUCUCUUUGAGAUGACUUGCGCACUUUCCAGACUAGCUGCUCAACAGCAGCAAAAUGCCUCUGUUCAAGUCACAUUCGAAACAUAAACAGCAGGGGGAGCAGUUCCGCAGAAACUAACAACCCAAAACAGCAACUUUCUUAUGCCAGAUAUCCCCUUAGCUAAGCAGGGUCUACUCUGGUUGCAUAUGAAUGGGAGACUAGAAGUGUGAGUACUGUAAGA